GCUUUUCUUUUUGCUGUGGAUCUGAUAAGUUUCGAUAACGAUAUGUGCUUUCUUGAACAUUACAUCUGCAUUAUGUGGCCAGGGUGGACUUGUUCAGGGCACGGAAGCCCCACGCAGUCCUUGAGCUAGCAGGGUGCUGGGGAGGGUGUUGGAGAUUUUGCAUCCAAUUGCAGCCCUUUGUUGCUGCAGUGACAGGUUCCUCAGAUUCUUUCUAAACAGGGUUUAACUUGUUGAGAAUCUUUUUGGGAGUGUUUAUUGUGGAUCAAUCAGUAAAAGUAUCUUAGUGGACCCGUGAGGGAUUUGGGGCUGUGGUGCAGUAACCCAGCGUUUACAAGUGUUACUGAUACGCAUGCUUGUCAAAUAACAUCUCCAGAUCAGAGAGUGAGAGCGGGCAACUGGUUUGGAUUAAAUCUGUCACUUCUUGCUGCUUUGGACAGAGCCUGUAGAUUAAACCCUUGUGCUGUUCAAUAAGCUGGGGUAUCAGAUGUAUCGGUUGGGUUUUUAUCAUUUGAUUUAUUUUUUUUAUCUGUUUGGAGAUCUGUCUGUUCUAUUUAAGUUUCCCCAAGAGAGCUGAGCUGCUUGGUGCAUUGACCAAAGAUAAGUUCCCUGGCUGGCUUGGGACAACCAGUCCCCUCAUUUUUCUGAUCACAAAAAAAAAAAAAAAAAAAAGAAAAAUUUUGACUGUAACUGUAACUCAGAAACUAAGAUUACCUGAAUGGAGAGAAAUUAAUUUUGAUGUACAGGCUGUGCUAGAAAUCUGUUAAUCAGCAUUCAGUUUUUCAAAACUUCAAUUUGUGUCUCAUCAUCAUGAAAAUUAAUCAAUUCAAGGUGGGAGAUCCUUUCCUGAAAGGGAAGGACAGAACUACGAGUCUUGCUGUGGGGCCUACCCAGCACAGUUCUGGCAUUCCGAGAAGUAAUACGUCAGGAGUGUCACAGCAGACGUUCCCAGGAAGAAACCUUUGAGGGGCAGCAUGACACACUUGAUUGGCUAAAGCAGCUUCAGCUGUACAGCCUGCUGCUGGGAUCGGUAAUUCUAAGUUGUGUUCAAGUUGCUGAGUUCCUUUCAGCAUGUAGUAAAGAUGUAACGUGCUGAUGUCAUUUGGGAACAGGAGGCAUUACGUGUCACCAGCAGUGGACACAUAGGGAACAAAAUCGUAUCUUACGAGGUCCUCCACAUCUGCCUUUCAUUUUGUCCUUGGUUUGCCAGCUGGAGCUUCCAGGAGGUGAGGAAGGAGGCUGUCCCAGUCAGUAGUUGAGGUGUUGCAGGGUAUUUGUGAUGCAGUGCUUGUAAAAUUUACCUGCCCGCAUCUCCUGUUACAGGCAGCCCCCCCUGGGCCCUGUGAGACGGGGAGCUGCUGCCCGGGGUUAGGCCCAAGGUCCCCUGUCAGGCCCAGGACCGCCCUUCCCCUCACCCUGCCCUUCCCUCCCGCUCCUCAGCCCUUCCUUAGGCCUUUCGGGCCGUCUGGCCGUCCGUCUGGCCGUCUGUCCAUCCAGCCGGCCAUCUGGCCGUCCAUCUGGCCCUGUGUCCCUCCGUCCCACCACCCUGCCCUGUCCCUGCCGUCUUCCUAGGGAAGCAAAGAGUCCCUGGGCUGCCUUCAGGGGGGAGGUUCUGCUGAAGAAAUUAAAGCUUCCCCCUUAACGGGCGCCUUGCGAGUUAUUUUGAGUUCCAACCUUCUGCCUUCCUUUCGUAGCAGUGCCUCUGAGGGGUGCGCUGUAAGGUAGGCGUCAUCUGGCGCGCUGCUCCUCCGUUUCCCAAAGGAACUGCCUUCAGGAUCUGACUAACUCUGGAUGCACCCGGUUGUCACCUUAAUUUCUCCUUUAGUUUGCUGAAAACAACCCAGUUGGGUGACCUUGGUGUUUGUUUCUUAAAAAAUGGAUCGAGGAGAUCUCUGUUUCCUUAUGCUGGUGUUCACGAUGAAAGUGCAGAAGGGAUGCUUACUGUUGCCCGGGUCAGUACUGUUGCCAGGAUGGGAAUGUUUAGCCUACCGGCCCUCUGGUGCUGUUAGGCUGCACUUGGAGUGUGAGCUCUGGGCCUUAUUUCGAAACUACGGCGUUAUUUGAGUGUACAAAGCCGAGAUAUUCUGCGGAUAAGUGAUUCUCAAACCACGUCAGGACCACCGCUGUGGCGUGUGCUGGAGUCGGACGCGCGUUUGACUGAUCAGACGGAGCAGGUGAAUUGAAUUUGUUGCUGGAUGGCGAGGUGUUCUGGGGGAAGAGCUAGUCUAAGGAAAACUUCCUCUUACUGUCCCUUCCCAUCUCAAAUGGCCACUGCCUGGGGAAAUUGGUUCUUUAUGAGAUUAACUACAACGUUACAGUGAGGAUGAGGAAUCAUCAUUACUCCCAUAGUUAUUUGCUGCCAGGCCACAGCGUUGAUUUCAGAGAUUUUUUUUUUUUUUAAAAAAAAAAAGAAAAAGAAAGGAAGUAUGUAUUCUUUCACAUACUCUCUUUUCCCCGAGAGUAAAUGUUGUAGCUUCAGCAGUACCCUUCCUCUGGAAACGAUUCCCAGUGCCUGCUCAGACACUGGGGAGGAAAAUGACAGAGAGAACAAUGGAGGAGAGCCACCCGAUAUAAAGGAAAAAAGGGGUUAUGGAUUAAGGGAAAGCCACUACAUAAAAAAUUGGUGCUAUCAAAAAAUUAGUUAAGGGUUUGGGACCUGCAGGUGCUGCCUACACCUGCGUGUGUUGCAGUCGUGCCUGUUGCCACUGUGCAAAAUGGAGAGAGCUUCUUUGUCGAAUCCAGCAUGUUAAAGCAUGCGCCAUUGCCUGGAAGAAAAGCACGGACUUCCCUCAUGUGGGACUUCUUCCCUAUUGAUCUGUGGUUUACCUGAAGGUUUACCAUAACCUGCGUAUGUUUCAAAAAAAAAAAAAACACAAAAAAACCAACAACAACAUUAAAGACUGGCAAGGCAGAUCCUCAUCUGGGGACUCUGAUGCAUCGGUGACAUCACCAAGCAAAGCACUGUGAGCGCUUCGGGUCGGGGCUGCUGCGGCGAGCCUCGCAGGUGGGAGGGAGAGCAGGUACGGUUCGCCUCUGGCGGGUCUGUGUCAGCCCUCUGCCCUGGUGGCUUCGUUAGCAGUGAGAGUUUGACUCCUGUGUUCCCAGCUUUCGCUUCUGCACUGACCGUGUAGCAGAGCCCACAAGCUGCUUCCUCAGCUGGAAGAGGAAGAGGAGUGACCUCAACUGUGCCGAGAUAUGGGUAUUCUUGCUGUACUUGCCCUACCAUUGGUUAUUCUAGGGAUCAGUGGAAUUAUUUAUAUUUACCAGUCAGUCAUAUGGCUACUGUCCCGGUCAGCAGUACAAAACAAGGUGGUGGUGAUCACAGAUGCCAUCUCUCGACUAGGCAAUGAAUGUUCUCGGGUGUUUCAUGCAGGAGGAGCAAGGCUUGUGUUGUGUGGCAGGACAUGGGAGAAGUUGGAAGCCUUGUAUGAUGCUUUAAUUAGUGUGGCAGACCCCAGCAUGACUUAUACACCAAAGCUCAUUCUUCUGGAUAUCUCAGACAUAGACUGCAUUCAAGAUGUAGCUAGGGAAAUCCUGGAUUGCUAUGGCUGUGUGGAUGUACUGAUCAACAAUGCAAGUAUGAAGGUAAAAGGAGCAGUGCAGAGCAUUUCUUUGGAACUUGAUAAAAAGAUAAUGGAUGCCAACUAUUUUGGACCUAUAACAUUAACCAAAGCCAUUCUUCCCAAUAUGAUCUCAAGAAGAACUGGCCAAAUUGUUCUAAUUAAUAAUAUCCAAGGAAAAAUAGGAAUCCCAUUUCGUGCAGCUUAUGCUGCUUCUAAACAUGCUGCUGUAGGCUUUUUUGAUUGUCUUAGAGCUGAAAUGGAAGAAUUUGAUAUUUCUGUCAGCACUGUGAAUCCAACAUUCAUCUAUUCAUACCAUCAUCAACCAGUAUCUGGCAAUUGGGAGGCAUCAAUUUGGAAAUUCUUUUUCAGAAAGGUGGAAUAUGGUGUGCAUCCAGUGGAGGUGGCAGAAGAAGUCUUGCGCACAGUGAAUAGUAAGAAGCAGGAGGUACUUAUGGCCAACCCUAUCCCCAGAGCAGCAGUUUACAUUCGCACCUUCUUCCCUGAGCUGUUCUUUGCCAUUGUUGCCUCAGGGAUUAGGGAAAAGAUGAAGACAGAAGAGGACAUUUGAUUUUGUUCAUCUCUUGUCCCUGCUUAUGACCUGAAUAAAAUUUAUGUUUCAAAUGUCAA